AUGGCACCAUGCUUCUCAUCGCCCACCGCCCAGCGCCUCCUCACCAUCAUCCGCAAGAACAAGGCGCGCGCGAGGGAGAUGCGUGUACUCUUCCUCGGCCUCGACAAUGCCGGCAAGACCACCAUCCUCAAGCGCGUGACGGGCGGCGAUGUCUCGUCCGUGUCACCCACACUGGGGUUCAAUAUCAUGUCUCUCGUUCGCGGAGACCACACCCUCAAUGUUUGGGACGUCGGAGGCCAGCGCACUCUGCGCCCAUACUGGCGCAACUACUUUGAGUCGACCGACGCCGUCGUGUGGGUGGUGGACUCGUCCGACUCGCUGCGUCUCGACGACGCGGCCGCCGAGCUGCGUGCCCUGCUCUCUGAAGAACGCCUUGCGGGAGCCACGCUCUUGGUCUUUGCCAACAAGCAGGACCUUGCGGGAUCGCUGUCGCACGAGCAGAUCCGGGACGCACUGGGACUCGAGGCUAUCGCAUCGCACAAGUGGCGUAUCGUGCCAUGCUCGGCCAUCUCGGGUGUGGGUCUCGACGAGGGCCUUGACUGGGUCGUUGGCGAGGUCGCCGGCAGGCUGUACUGGAGCGGGCGCAAGACGGAGGCAGCCGUUGUUGCCAGUUCCGAUGUCGAGCAGUCUGCUGUGGCACCAGCCCCCGCCGCCGGAUCCGCAGUCCACGUCUAG